UGAUCAUCGAGAAGUACUACACCCGCCUGGGCAACGACUUCCACACCAACAAGCGGGUGUGCGAGGAGAUCGCCAUCAUCCCCAGCAAGAAGCUGCGCAACAAGAUCGCAGGGUAUGUCACCCACCUGAUGAAGCGUAUCCAGAGGGGACCCGUGCGAGGCAUCUCCAUCAAGCUGCAGGAGGAGGAGAGGGAGAGGAGAGACAAUUACGUCCCUGAGGUCUCUGCCCUUGACCAGGAGAUCAUUGAAGUGGACCCAGACACCAAGGAGAUGCUGAAGCUCCUGGAUUUCGGGAGCUUGUCCAACCUGCAGGUGACACAGCCCACAGUGGGGAUGAACUUCAAAACGCCACGAGGAGCGCUCUGAGCCAGUCCUCACAUGUCCCUUUUCCAAUAAAACGUGGAGAAACCA